CGGCUCAGCCUUCCCGAAGGCGUCGGUGUGAGGAGAAGGCGGCGAAGCGAAGGGGCUCGCGGCCGGUGUCGUCGUCGUCCUCUCGCCCUCCGAGCCUCCGGUGGUCGCGGCGGCGGCGCUGCUGCUGUUGCGGGCCGGCCAUGGCGAUGGACGCGAGCGGCAAGGAGAAGGAGGCACUGCAGCUCCUCGCCGAGGCCGACAAGAAAGUGCGCGGCUCCCACGGCUUCUUUUCGGGGCUCUUCGGGGGUGGUUCCUCCCGGAUCGAAGAAGCAUGUGAUAUCUAUGCAAGAGCAGCCAAUAUGUUUAAAAUGGCCAAGAACUGGAGUGCUGCUGGGAAUGCUUUCUGCCAGGCUGCCCAGCUGCACCUCCAGCUGCAGAACAAGCACGAUGCUGCCAUGAGCUUUGUGGAUGCAGGCAAUGCCUUCAAGAAGGCUGAUCCUCAAGAGGCCAUUAAUUGUCUCCUCAGAUCUAUUGAGAUCUAUACGGACAUGGGUCGGUUCACCAUCGCAGCCAAGCAUCACAUAACAAUAGCGGAGAUCUACGAGGCAGAGCUGGUGGACAUCGAAAAGGCGAUAGCCCAUUAUGAACAAGCUGCAGAUUAUUACAAAGGUGAAGAGUCCAACAGCUCUGCUAACAAGUGUUUGCUGAAAGUGGCCACCUAUGCGGCGCAGCUGGAGCAGUACCAGAAGGCUGUUGAGAUCUACGAGCAGGUGGGCACCAGUGCCAUGGACAGUCCCCUACUGAAGUACAGCGCAAAGGAGUACUUUUUCAAGGCUGCGCUCUGCCACUUCUGCAUUGAUAUGCUCAACGCCAAGUUGGCUGUACAGAAAUAUGAAGAAAUGUUCCCAGCUUUCUCAGACUCCAGAGAGUGCAAACUGGUUAAAAAAUUGCUAGAUGCUCACGAAGAACAGAACAUUGACAGCUACACUGAAUCAGUGAAGGAGUAUGAUUCCAUCUCUCGCCUAGACCAGUGGCUCACCACCAUGCUCCUGCGCAUCAAGAAAACCAUACAGGGUGAAGAAGAGGACCUGCGCUAAGCCACUGCCCUCCAGCCUUCUGCCCCCUUGUCUGCAGAACUCUGCAUGGAUCCGCAUUGGGGGAGGAGAGGGGUCUUGGCACAAAGGAACUGGACUUGGAUGACAAACAGCUUAUUAAUGCUCCCUUUCUCACCUCUCCUCUCCCUGCAACCAGCUCUUCGUACUGCAGGAAACAGGGCUGGGGAGUGUCACCUGUGGACUAGCUCCAACUGGAGAGAAAUGAAGGCUGUACCACGAAGGUCUCCAUUGUUUGUUGGCUGUCUUCCCCUUCCCAGUGCAGCUGCUUCCUGAGCUGGUGUUUCCAUCCUUCUGAUGGCUUAACAUUUGUAUGGCUUAAUAUUUAAAGCCUCUUAAGCGAAUUCAUCCGAUGGCUCCAAUUUCCUUUCUUCCUCCCAGAAAACUUGAAGCUCAUCCUGGGGUGGAAGGUGGCCUCUUUCAGUUGAAGAGAUGCCCAAUCCCUCCUCCUAUGACAUCCCUCUGACCACACCUUUCCCCUUACCUCAGGCAGGGCUUGCAAGGCUGGGAGGCACCACCUUUUCCUUGAGCUUCUGUUGUAUUAAAUCUGUUGUGCAAAGAGCGGCGUUGCUUUCUCUUCUCACGACAAAAAAUACAGCUGCUGGAGCUGGGUCUUGCAUAGAGGCUGGCUCCUUCCCUUUCACGUACUGUCGGAGAUCUGAAUUCCCCAAAAUUCUAGAUAUUCACCUGGUGUAUCUGGUAACGCUGCUGCUUCUCCCGACGUAGGAAGGUCUCUCGUUGCACCCAAACUACCAUCUUGAAUGCAUAUAGGAAAACGUAAUCCCAGUGGAAUUCCCUUUUCCCUUGUCCUUAGAAGUCAACGCCACUCGCCCCAUACAGUGUAUGAGAGUCUGGGGUCAUAAUGUAUAUUUAUUGCCAUUCUCUAGGGGAUGCAGGAUGCUCCUCCUCCUGUUGCCAAUAUGGCAAGAGGCAGACGCAUCCUGAACCAUGCAGCAGAUAGCCAAAAACUCCUUUAGUGCUAGUACGCUGUGUGCAGGCAGUCCUGUUCUUUGCCAUCUUCGCUCGCGUGGUGGUUCUCCUUCAGGCAUAAUUUGAGGAGAGCCCUCCUUCUGCUAAGCGUUCUGUGUUCCAUGCUCUUUGUCAUGCAGCUGUGUAUUCUGGGUUUUCUCUUGUGUUGGCUUUAGAAAAAAGCAAAACUUCUAUCAUGUAGUCUGGGACAAAGGGGUUGAUACUUGACGGGGGAUUCUUAUGUUAACUUUUUAUUCCAGUGGGCAAGGGGGGGUGGAAUUAAGAAGUGCUGCUGCAUGUUUUAAAAUCUCCACCAGAAAGUGACUGAUAAUACUAAAAUUACUUGCACAAACAAUAAAGUUUGCAUGGGUGGAAAAAAAGCUUAUGGUAAUAAUGUCUAACAGUAGCACCUGUAGCUUAAGUUUCUGCUGCUUGUCUUAAGUUACUUGCAUGUUUCUGGGUGUACUUCUUGAUGUUUUCUUCUUUCCCAGUGUUUCAGGACUAAUUCUGCCACCUUCCCAGCAACCCUUCUAAGUUGUGAUUCUGUUUCUGAACACUGGCUGUGAUUUUCUGUCUAUAAAAACAUAAUUGUAUGCUUGACUCUAGCUGCCUGUCUCUGUAAUCUUCAGACCUGAAAAAAAAAUGUGAUGGAGCUGGGACAUCACUUAGAUGAGACUGGGUUUUCAGCUUCUCAUCCUACGCUUUGGAGAGCCGCUUACAGGAUUGAGGGCUGCGUGUUCUGUGCUUCCCAAAAGCAAUAAAAUCCAGCAUCAUGAAAAGCA